GUCGCCACUUCAAGAAAUUGUCAAUUUUGAGCUAAAUUACCAAGAAAAUUGUAAAUUUGUAGUAAAAUGUGCGAUGUUGAACGACAGAUUUCCCGAGAAGAGUUUUACAAAAUGAGAAGACUGAAGCGAGAGGAAAUUAUGACGUCUGUAAACCAUUAUUUGAGGCGUAGGAAGUUCGACAAGUCAGAGACACAAGCUACAUCAGAAGAGAAAGUAAACAGAAGUAAACGACUAUGUUGUAGAGAGAAAAGUUUAACAGAAUUGAGUGUUAUUAGUCAGAUGAACUCGAGUAGUUUAACAGAGAAUAUUUUAUCAUUUAGUAGUAUAUCAGGGGACGUUACAGCCUGUGAUCAACAAUUUACCAAGUUAAAGAAUUUUAUUCUGGAAGGAUUAGAAGCAUAUAAAAUAGAACUCAAAUCACUGCUGUACCCAAUCUUUGUUCAUGUAUAUUUAGAAAUGUUGUGUAAUGGCCACAAGAUGCCAGCUCACAAGUUUUAUGAUCGUCAUUCCUCGUUAUUUAAAGAUGACGACCUUCAUAAACCAGUGAUGAGAAUACUACGUAAGCUAGACAUGAAGACUGAUGUGUUAUCUUGUAAAGACAUUACAGAGUUCCUCGAUAAUAGAUACCAUGUUAAUCUAUCAGAAGAUACACUGGCUUAUUUACUCAGAUAUCUUAAGAAUGAAGACAAUAUGAUAAUGUUCCAGAUCUUUAACCAGUUUCUAAAAGUUGUUGUGCCAACUUGUGCCAGUACUGUAGAAUUGAGAGAAGGAAGUAAGAAUGAAUUAAGAGAGACAGAUAGUAAAGAUAUAAAGGAUGAAUGUAAUAAUGAUAAUCAAACAGUACUAAAACAAGCUAUCAGUAAAAUACGAGAUGGACCCCCUAGUAUAUCUUCUAUAUGCUGUUAUACUUUUCUUAAUACAUCAAAUGGACUAUACAGUGUGGAUGUAUCGAGUAAUAAUAGUUUGAUAUCAGCUGGUUUUGAAGACUCUACCAUAUCCUUGUGGAGUUUAGAUCCCGAUUUAAUCCAUACCAAUCCAUUCCUAUCUAAUCCUGCUGUUAUAACUCUAGCUGUUGAUCAUUGUACUGGUAGUGAUGAUAGUAAUAACUUGUCACAGAGAAAAAAAGAUGUUGAAACUAUCAAACUACGAGGUCAUAAUGGUGCUGUUUAUAAAACCUGUUUUACCCCUGAUUCUCAAUAUUUACUCUCAGCUUCCCUGGAUAACUCUGUGAGGUUAUGGGAUCUCUCCAGUCACAGUAAUGUGGUGUUGUACAGAGGUCAUAGUUCAGCUGUUUGGUCUCUGGAUACAAGUGGCUUGGGAUAUUUCGUCAGUUGUUCUCAAGAUAGAACAGCCAAACUGUGGUCAUAUGACAGAAAUUAUCCAAUCAGAUCCUUUAUUGGGCAUACUUAUGAUGUGGAUGUGGUGAAAUUCCAUCCCAACAGUAACUACGUAGCAACGGGUUCUGGGGAUAGAACUAUCAGAUUGUGGAGUUUACAAGAUGGCCGCUGUGUCCGUCUGCUCCAGGGUCAUCACAGUUCAAUAUUGUCUUUGGCCUUUUCACCAAACGGUCAAUAUCUAGCUUCUGCUGGAGAAGACCGGCGUAUAAAGAUAUGGGAUUUGAGCUCUGGUACAUUGUUUAAAGAACUACAAGGACACAGUGAUACAGUCUACAGUCUAAACUUCAAUCCAGACAGUACUAUAUUAGCAUCAGGAGGUCUGGACUGCUGUGUUCGACUCUGGGAUGUUAGGAAGAACAGAGAGGUCAAGUCAGAGUUGAAACCUAGUGGCAUCAGUGAUAAUCAAUCUUCUCCAGAACUUCAUGGAAUUUUCUCAACUAAGUCUACUUCCAUUUUGUUCCUGCGAUUCUCUAAAAAUAAUGUUUUACGAGUAGCAGGGAAUAUUUUAUGAAUGCUUUCGGGGAGAAUCUGAUGGUGCCUAAGCAAUUCUGGAUUUCAUUUCAAAAUAUUGUGCCUGUCAAGAUGAUGGUCACAAAUUGAAAGGAUCCAACAUUUUUACCCUUUCAACAGCCACAUUAAGUGGUAUGUACCCUAGCAACCAGUGAAGUGGCUGUUACUAAGUGACAUCACAUGUCCUUAACAACGUCAUUCUGAUUCAUAUUACUCAGGAGAUCAGAGUAUAUGACUGUUUAUUAUAUUCAUCCUCUGUGUUCGAAGUGUGUUCUAUGCCACACUGGUUUUGUGUGGAUCCUAAAAUUUUGAUCCAAUGUAUUCCAAGGUGUGUUCCUCAAAGAUUUUUUGUGGAUUCGUAAGUUUUUGUGUGUGAUGAAAAGUCUGAUGCAAAAUUGUUCCAGUUCAAUUGUGUUUCUCACACAAUUUUUUUGCGUGGAGUUGUGACUCAUCUGUGUAACUAAAUUGCUGUUACAAAAUUGACUGACAUAUUGGAAAGUGUUUCUUUCACAAAGUGUGUGAACCUGUAACAUUUUUAAAGGUCUGUGUAACCAAUAGACUAUCACGAAUUUGAUGCAUGAAGUAAAGAGUAUCCAUACAAUCUUU